AUGCUCAUCCUUUGGUCCACAGAUGCCAAUCUGAGCGAGGGUCUUAACAAGGCCCUCGGCGACAUCAGAGAAUUAGCUACGCAGAUUAUAUGCUACUUCGAAGAUUUGGAAGAUGUGCCUGAUGAACCAGAGCCAAGGUUCCCCCUAGAGCUAGAUCUUCAAAUCUUCUACUUCAUGAGAAUAGAGAUAGAUUUUAUGGGCAUUCACCAAUCAUAA